CGGUGCGCCGCUCGCGGGCGGCUGGCGCACGGUCUCUGCCGGCGGCGGCGCUGCGGCGGCGGCCGGCCCUCAGGAUGCGCCGCCAGACCCCUGGGCAGAGGAACAGCGGCUUGGGCUCAGCGCGCGGCUGCAGCAGCUGCAGCAGCCACGGCGCCAGUUCCUCCAGUUGGGCGGCGGCGGCAGCUCGGCCGCGGCUGCCACGGCGGCGGCGGCGGCGGGCCGGGUCGCCGACAGCUGGGAGGACGCGCUGGCCGCGAGCCAGCCGGACGCGCCGCAGCGCGGGCCGCCGCCAAAGCUCGUCGGGGAAAACGUGUUUGCGGCUCUCGAGAGAGGGGACCUGUGAU